CUCGUUCUUGCGUUCAAUAUAUACGUGCUUACUGGCAAGGUGAGGUAGGUACAGGUGUAAACCGUAUUCCCUGCGAACGCUCUUAUCGUGACUGGAACCAGUGCCUGUCAACCCAACAACUGCAUUGCGUGAUCAUUCUAUACAACAUGCUUCGCUUCCUUCUGUUUCAACUGUCGUACUCUAACAACAAGCGUCCUAUCGCCCUACAUGACAGGAAGCAUGUUACAGAACAUCCGUAACAUCGCGAAGGAAAAUGCUGCGGUCCACUGUACAGACCCGCCGCCGGUCAGUACGCCGCGCCCUACUUCGAAGUUGCCGAUCAGAUCACCUGUGUCUGAUGCAACCAAUGCGCAAACACACCCUCAGCAAGCCAACAGUGGCCGGCGUCUGCAGAGCCACGGCCGCCUCGCUGCACUGACUCAGUCGCCACCGCGAGCUUCGCAUAUGCAGCGCAUGAGCAACAUCUUCAAGGGGACAGCACCAUGUCAGUCUCGCAGUGAGAGCCAUCCGGACUCAACGACAAGUGAGUCUGCUCAGCGCUUGCGCGCUGACUCCGCCGUUUCGGUCGCAUACCAACCAACUCCAGUCAUACUGACCCAGGAACCGUUCAUUGCUCAGCAUGACAAUGCCAAUGCCUCUGCUCAGACUUCAUCUUCAGACGAAUGGACAGGCGAUGACAUAUACCUGCCAAGGUCCGCACGACGCCGCGAUCGAGAGCGAAGGCUUGCGAUCAAGCAGCAUCAGACGCAGCAGGAGCAGCGACGAGAGCGAAUCAGCGACGCUAUGAGCGACCAGCACAUUGCCAAAUCUCACGGCGACGCCAAGCCGGUCAUACCUGCCUGUCCUACAACGCCUCCAUCGUCACGCUCUUCCCGAUUCCAGCGCCUGGGAGGGCCUUGGUCUGCGCCGCCAAAGCGGAGAUGCUUAGGUAUCACUCAGGAACACCUCAAGGUCAUCUAG